AUGCGCCUUGCCGCCCUUUCCUUGCGUCCUUGUGCGUCCUGGCUGCUACGAGUCGACUCUUCCCUCUCGGAGUCCCGAAAGGAGAGGAUGUUGGCGGCUGCGCUGCGGGGACUGGCCCGGGUUGGGCCAAGAGUUACUGCACGCCCUGCAAUGCUGUUGCAAACUCGAUUUGAAGGGACUGCUAAUACUGAGACUCGACCUACUGUUAGGCCUAAGGAUGAAGUAACAUUAAAACAGCUGUCUGCUUUUGGAGAAUACGUGGCUGAGAUUCUGCCCAAAUAUGUUCAACAAGUCCAGGUAACAUGUUUCAAUGAGCUGGAAAUCUUAAUUCAUCCUGAUGGAGUCAUUCCAGUACUAACCUUUCUAAAAGAUCACACAAAUGCCCAGUUCAAAUCCUUAACUGACCUAACAGCAGUUGAUGUUCCAUCUCGGCAGAACCGUUUUGAGAUUGUUUACAAUCUCUUAUCUCUACGCUACAACACCCGGAUUCGUGUGAAAACAUAUACUGAUGAAUUAACACCUGUUGAUUCAGCAGUCCCAGUACACCAGGCAGCAAACUGGUAUGAAAGAGAGGUUUGGGACAUGUAUGGAGUCUUCUUUGCUAACCACCCAGACUUGAGGCGAAUUCUGACAGACUAUGGAUUUGAGGGGCACCCAUUCCGGAAGGACUUCCCUCUGUCUGGCUAUGUGGAGGUCAGGUAUGAUGAUGAGGUGAAACGGGUAGUGGCAGAGCCUGUGGAGUUGGCUCAGGAGUUCCGCAAAUUCGACCUGAACAGUCCCUGGGAAACUUUCCCUGCCUAUCGUCAAGCUCCAGAAACCUUGAAGAUAGAACCAGGAGAGAAGAAAACAGAUGUGAAAUAGUUGCAGCAGGGAGAUGAGACUGUUACCUUCUUCAAUUUGAGUAUUUAUAUAUAAUAAAUAAAAACAAAACAUUACAUGA